ACCCCGCUGCUCUUUCAGGUUUGAGACACUGCUGGACAGUGCUCUGCGUCGCCGGCUCUCGACAGAAGAGGACGACCACCCCCCAUAGAAGAGGAUCCUUUCCUCGCCCAGGGGUAUACAAGUAGCUGUGCUCUCCUGCUACAGCCUCCCAACGGCUCUCAGGAUCUGACUACAGUCCUGCCAUUCAUGAACAUCAUGCGCCUUGUGAUCUUGCUUUCAUGUGUGUUCUUCUACCUGAGUUCUGCCGUCAACCCUGUCAUCUAUAACCUGCUGUCUCGCCGCUUCCAGGCGGCUUUCCGGAACGUGAUCUCUCUUCCCUGCCAAAGCUGCUGCCCCCAGGGUCACUCACGAGGGCCCCCCGCCCAGCGGAACAUCAUCCUCACCGAAUGCCACCUGGAGGAGCUCAGUGAAGAGCCAGGUCCCCAGUUCCCCGGCCAGUCGUCCGUCUGCAGUGCGCCCCUGUCCACUGCCCUCUGCACCGAGCAGGCCCCGCGGAAGAGGCCGUCCCGUUGGCAAGGACCGAAUUCCUCGCUGCCUCCUGCCUGCUCUCUAGUUCCUAAAGACGACGAGCCUGGCGAAGCACAGGGCCCCUCUGGAGGGCAGUUUCCCCUCUGAGGAGACUGGGCCCGGGUCAUCCACAGGCUGAGUCAGGCUAUCAGUCGGACAACCAGAGGCCACGGGCAGUCACAGGAGGAAGAGGCGUCGGUGCCGGUCUGCUCUUCGUGAUUGGAGAAGUCCACGUCAGGGCUCCUUGGCAGCAAUCUGUUUGCCCUACUGGCCCAUCCUUACAACGCGACACGACUUCUUACGGUGUCCUGAGCCUUUUACCUUAAAAGCCCCCCUGACAGCUUGGGGGAUUAUUACCCCCCACUCCUCCAGUCUCCAAUGGCAUCAGCAGUGGCUCCUCACCGGGAAUGGGAUCAGACAGAAUUUCAACUUAGAGAAGAAUAGGAACGAAGGAAGAGAGAAUGCCAAGGUGGCAGGCUGAAAGAGACACAAACUACACCAAGCAAAAACCUAGCCAUUUUCAUAACUGGGUCCAGACAUGGACUUACAAUAUCUAACUUAUAAAUUACAUCACUGCAUAUGAAUCUCUAGUCAGUGAAGAUUAAGUGGAAAAGACUCAGCAGAACAAAUCCCCAGAACUGGGGGAAAUAUCAAUCUCUUUCACGCCUUUACAGGGGAAACAUUUUGAGAAAGAACCUAGUAGAGUCAUUAUCCUUAAGGUCAAUCCCCAGUGACCAGGAAUAAAAGUGCCCCCACUGUUAGGGGAUGGAUACAAAAAGAUCCAACACUCAAGGUGCAACUAGUAAUUGUGUUGCUCGACUAAUAUUUUAGUUGCAUUUUUGGUUGCUCCUCACUUAUUUUUUUCUCUCAAAAUUUGUUAUUCACUCAUUAAUUCCACCAAUCAACAAAUCUCCAGUGAUGAGUAGGUUCUAUGCAUCGUGCCAGGACAAAAAUUUCCUUGCCUUGCAAGUUUACAUGGAGCAAAAAGUAAAACUGUCUUUGAAAAAAAA